UGACGCAGCCGCAGAACUCUCUCCCAUCGACGCAGAACUCUCUCCCAUCUCUCUCGAUCUCGAUCUCUUUCUCCAUCUCUCUCUCCAUCUCUCUCGAUCUCGAGCCCUCUCUCCAUCACGAGCCCUCUAUCCAUCUCAAGCUCUCUCUCCAUCUCGAGCUCUCUCUCCAUCUCUCUCUGCAAGUGUGAGAUGACUUGAUGGUGCAAUGCGAGGAUUCGAGCUCUGUAUCCAUCACACAAACCCAUCUCAAGCUCUCUCUUGAUCUCUGACACUAACCCAUCUCCGAGUUCUCUCUCUCUCAAUCUCCGACCUCGAGCUCUCUCUCUCAAUCUCCGACCUCGAGCUCUCUCUCUCUCUCUCUCUCUCUUUGAGGUAAUUAUCUCAUCCUUUUGAAAACUUUGGAUCAAUUCGUUAAGAUUUGGGUUAGUGUUUGACUUGAGAGUUUCAAAUUGUUGCAGUUUCCCUGGAAAAGCUUUUUGAGUGUCUCUGCUGCUCCUGCACAAGCUGAGGUGCAUUUACCUGAAAGCUUGAUUAUUUUUUUGCUCUGUAAUAGUCACAUGAGUUGUGUUUAGUAGAAGAAACUUUCAGUGUCUGUAGAGGAAACUUUCAUGAGUUGAUACUUGUAUUAGUAAUCCAUGAGUUGCGUUUAGUGGAGGAAAUUUUCAGUGUCUGUUUUAGCUAGUUUUACUGAAAAUAUUUCUUAAACUAUUUUAUCUGUCUGGUAUUUAUAUGGGUUUUUGUCACAAAUUCUGAGGCAUUUAACCUUGAAUGUUUUCAUGGUUAUUACAGUGGAGUUCUCUCUUCUCCACAGCAUCUCGAAGCUCUCUCUUCUACAUAGCAUCUCGAAGCUCUCUCAAGCUCACACUCUCUCUCAGACCCUCUCAGAUCAGGUAUGAUUGUUUGAUCUUGACCCUCUGAAGUUGUUUCUAUGACUGAAAUUGUACGGUAUGACUGAAAGAGUUGAAUCUUGUUUGAAUGUUUGCAGGUCUUCUCUCUCGAGCUCUGUCUCACGAGCUCUCUCUUCUCCGAGCUCUCUCUCUCAGACCCUCUCAAGCUCACUCUCUCAAGGUAUAAUGUUUUUGAUUGAUUAGUUAUGUUCUGUGACUACACAAUAUGUCCUUUGCCAGCUUCUAAAGAUCUGUUUUUUUUUUUGCAGGUCGCAGGUCUCUCAAGUUCAAACUCUCCAAGCUCAGACCCUCUCAAGCUCACUCUCUCAAGCUCAGACCCUCUUUAGUAAGGUUUGUUUCUUUAGUUCUCUGUUUACUUGAAAUGUUCUUACUUGCUUGGUAAAGAAUAGAACUUUUGAACUGACAUUUGAUUUUUUUUUCUCAGACUGUCCCUAUUCCUCUCCAGCUUGCUCAGACUGUCCCUGUUCCUCUCCAGCUCUCUCUCUUGUAAGCAUUGUACAUCUUCUUGUCUUUGUUUGUCUUUUAUGGGUUUGUGUUAAAGAAUAGACACAGCGGUUCUGGUUAUUGACUCUACUCUGUUUCUCUCUUCUUUUUUGCAGGCUCUCUCAUCUCAAGUGCAUUCCUCUCACUUUUUAAGAUGGCAAAAGAGACUUGGACUCCUGAAGAAGUUAGGUAUUUUUUCGAACUCUACGCCGAAGAGAGAAGAAAAGGAAAUAUAACGACAUCAAUGAAUAAAGUAGGGAAACAGAACAUCAUAGACGCGUUCGAAAAGAGGUUUAAGAAAGGAUUUCUUGAGUGGCCUUUGUUGAAGAACAAAUACGACACAAGUAGAAAGAAGUACGUCAAAUUUAGGAAGUUGAUUAAGAAUAAGACAGGUCUUGGGUUUGACAGCAUGGGAAGGGUUGAUAUGUCAGAUGAUUGGUGGAGUGAGCGCGAAAAGGAGUGUCCUGGGAUUAGAAGAUCUGUAUGGAAAGAAGAAUUUAAUAUGGAUAUGUUUGAAGAAGAAUUUGGUGCUGUAGUAGUAACUGGAGCAGAAGGAUGGAGUGCUCAACAUGGAGAAGCAAGCUUGAACUCUGGAGUGGGUGUAGAUGAUGGUGAUGAAGUCGAUUCUCAGCCAGCAGCAGAAACUCAAGCAGCAGCAGAGACAGAAACUCAGCCGCAGCCGCAGACACAAACCCAGCGCCAAACUCAGACUCAUUCUGGAAGUUCAAGAGGAAAAAGAAGGCGUAAGAAGAAGGAUAUGGUUGUAGAAGCUUGUGACAAACGUACUGAAGCGCUUAUGGUGAAAAACAAGAUAGCAGAACGGAUGUUGGAGCGUCAAGAAGCUUCAAUGGAGCGUCAAGAAGCUUCUAGUGUUGAGAAUGUGUUAGAGAUUCUGUACACAUUGCCUGGAGUGAGAGAGUGGUCUCCAUUAUAUGAAGCAGCAAUGGAACAUCUUAUAGACAGUGAAGGGAGCAGAAGGGCUUUUAUAACAAUGAAGACAGAUGAAGCUAAGACUAAGUUUCUAGAGCUUAGGACCAAGAUAAAACGUGACUAUGAAGCUUAGGACUAUUAUGGAACUUAGGACUAGUAUGGAACUUUUGCUUUUGGUCUGAUCUUUGUAUGAAACUGCCUUUUGUAUAUGCUGGUUUAGUAGACUUGGUUUUGAAUCUGGUAACAAAAUGUUUAGUUCUCUUAUGUCUGUGAAAUGCCUUUUGUUACUGCAUUA